AUGAUCAUGCAGCUGUCCUUUCCCUGGCUCGAGAGCACAGUCUGCGCCGUGCGAAAGCAGGUGUCGGACGAUAUCGUACUCGGCCUCCCAAAUCUUGCAGAUCUCGUACAGUGGGUCAUGACGUCUGGAUUCAUAAGAUCGCAAGACCGCAAGACUGCCAUCUUCGCCGCGAGUCGCACAAACACAAUUUUUGCAAGCGUCAGGGUCUUUGUACUUGAGCAAGGUGUCUUCAUGCAGCUGCUUGGACCAAAUCGUAGACUUGAUGGAGUUUUCCAAUGGGGCAUUUUCAAACUCGCCGGAUGCCUUUAG